AAGAGAGUAAAAAAAUCAAAAUGGCGCUGCCCAGACCAGGGAGGCCGGCGGGUGUCCUGUCGUCUGUGACUCUGCAGCUGCUGCUCCAUGUGACAGCCGCCUAUUUUGUCUUCUACUUCCUCUUCACUCUCGGCUUAAUCAUCAAAAAGAGCUUGGUGCUGUCUUAUCCUGCCGAUGCUCUGGUGUGUGACAUCUUUCUGCUCUUCCUGCUGGCUGCUCUGGAGUUUCUCCAUUUCUACAGUGGUGUGAAGGGCAACCUGACAGAGAGCGAGACCUAUGUUUUUGGCAACCUCUUUUUGACGGGGGCAACCAUCAUGCUGACGGUCUACUUCCUGGUGUGGCAGAGCUACGUGAUGAGGGCGGAUGUAAUCAUCAGCAGCGUCUCACUCGGUCUCUACGGUUUAGACGGAGUGCUGGCUUUCAGCACUUUAACCAGAUUUGCCAGGGUCCACUCAUGAAGAAGCCCAUGAAGAAGUCAUGUUGUUGUUGUUUUUUGUUUUUUACAUCUUAUCUCAUAGUGUGUCUGCUGUGAUGUCUUUCUGCAAGAAGAAAACCAGAAAUUAACAGCAUCCUUUGGAUUGUGUUGUAAAUAAUUAUUUGGACUGUUGUGCCUAUUAUAAAAGUAAUAUAAGUUAAAAUGCAGGGAUAGAAAAAUAUGAGUUAAUCUGUCCUGAGAGGUUCUCAGGGAUUUUUUUUUCAUAUUAAAAUAUGUUUGUUUUUUUGUGUGUGUUCCUGUUUUGUACAGUAGAGGGCAGAGUUGCUUUGAUAAAGGUUUGAGUUUUCACAGAUGAUUUUCCUUGGAAAAUAUUUUUGAAAUAAAUAAUAUAGAAGGUU